AUGGAGCCUGCGUCUCUGGACAAUGACACGCGUGGAUGGAUCAUGUGCCUGGUCAGCGGCAUUGCUUGUGUCGUCGGUGCGAGUAUCAUCUACGUUGACCUGCUCAUUUGUCGACUCCCCGGCAAGCGAGAUUUUCGCAUCCAGGACAGCAAUGUCUUCCUCGCGUGCGCUCUCAGCUUGAGCUUCGGUGUCAUGCAAUUCUCCGCGCUCUACAGCAUGCUCCCCGAAGCCAAGUCCUAUCUCAAAGAAGGCGGUUACUCGGAUCAGAUUGCCGGCGCCAUUCUCAUGGGCUGCUUCAUCGGCGGCUUUGUCGGCAUUCAGGCCGUCUCGCGAGUAUUGCACCAAUUCAUGCCGUCCCACGUUGUCGACUGCGAUCACACCCACGACGAGAACGAACACCGCUCCCGAAGCCUCAGUCGCAAAACGUCCUCGCGCGUCAGCGACCGCCAUACGCAUCACAAGCAUGAUGCCGACGACGCCGAUGGCCAUGACCAUGGACACCCUCACGGACAUGGACACCCUCACGCCAACGGAGCCGCCCACGAGUCGACCCCGCUGCUCAACACGCUGUCCGAGGAAGGCAGUGCCAGGCCUGCAUCGGGGAGACGACUGAACACGAGACAGACCAUGCCGGCCAGGACGGUGGUGAGAAGCCGCACUCUCACCGUUGAUCGUCGACCGUCCAUGGCACAGGUCCAGAAACGCGUCAUGUCCUUUGUCAAGGACACCAAAAGCAACUGUGACGAAGGAGGGCCCUGCUUCGGCUACACGGAUCCCUGCGGACAAGAGUGCUUCAAGCAUCUGGGCAGCCGCUCCGCGGCCUCGUCGCGGCAUUCCACCGUGGUCCGCCCCUCGACCGGCCACUUUCCUCCAAGCUCGAGCGGACCGCACAGUCGCGAACGGGAAGAAGACGUCGAAUCGAUAGGGUCUCCUGCCAGCCCGCGACACCCCAGGAGCCGCACGGCGUCUCGCGAACCCCUGAACGGGAACCUCGAGGAGGCUGACACCGAGGUGCAGAGUGAGGACUGCUCCUCUAUGGAGGAAGAUGUCGAGGCGCAGCACCAUCACCACGUCCCUACCAAUGCGUUUCUCUCGCUCGGCCUGCAGACCUCUAUUGCCAUCGCCCUGCACAAGUUUCCUGAGGGUUUCAUCACCUACGCCACCAACCACGCGAACCCGAGCCUGGGCUUCAGCGUCUUCAUGGCUCUUUUCGUUCACAACAUCAGUGAGGGUUUCGCCAUGGCCCUCCCGCUCUACAUGGCUCUUGGGUCCCGUCUUCGGGCUCUGCUAUGGUCCUCCCUCCUCGGCGGUCUCUCGCAGCCCCUAGGCGCUGCCAUUGCCGUGCUCUGGUUUCGCAUUGCCAACCACACCCACAUGGCUCCCAGCGCUGUCGCCUACGCAUGCAUGUUCGCCGUCACCGCGGGCAUCAUGGUCAGCGUGGCGCUGCAGCUUUUCGUCGAGGCGCUCUGCCUCGACCACAACCGCAACCUCUGCAUCUUCUUCGGCUUUCUGGGCAUGGCGCUGCUCGGCGUCAGCAGCGCGAUUGCAUCGGCGCAUUGA